AUGGUCACAGUGAAGUCCAAGCUCACUUUGGCAAGGAUCCUCGUGAAUACUGUGUCAUGUCCGGGGAGUUUGUCAAGGAUGCUGAAGGCAAUGUCAAGGGUAUUAACACUGUUCGUGUUGAAUGGUCCAAGGGAUGAAAAUGGUCGUUGGGCUAUGAAGGAUGUUCCCGGCUCUGAAGAAUUCUUCCCUGCUGAUUUGGUGCUCUUAUCCAUGGGCUUUUUGGGUCCUGAAGAAGCUCUUGUCAAGCAACUUUCUCUCAAGCAAGAUGGCCGUACCAAUAUUGAGACUCCCAAGGGCAAGUACAACACUUCAGCUCCUGGCGUAUUUGCUGCAGGUGAUUGCCGACGUGGUCAAUCGCUUAUUGUAUGGGGUAUCAACGAAGGUCGCCAAUGUGCUCGUGAAGUUGAUUUUCCAGCGAAGGCAACGCUUUUCUUCCUGUUGCAGGCGGCAUCAACAAGCGUGCUAAACAUGUCACAUCAUACACUAACAACGCUAUUCCACUCAUUGAUUGUACAAAUAAUGUAUAUAAAAACUACCAUUAACAACAAUAAAGACUAUCAUAAAUAUAAACCCUUAUGA